GGGGUCACGCCGGGCCCGUCCUGCCGGCCGCAGGGGCGCUCUCUGCUCCGCGGGCGGCGGGCACCGUGGGGACCGGAGGGACGUGGCCGGCAGGGCCGUGGGGCUGGGCAAGGGGGCGGGGGGGCCCGGCGGCGGAGGCCGGGGCGGCGGGGCGGGGCGAGCGGCGGCGCAGCACCCGCGAGGGCCCAGCGGAUCCGGAGCCGGGAGUGGCGGCCCGACCGCGCGGAGAGGGCCGGCGCCGGCGGCCCGCGAGCCCUGUCUCCGUCAGUUGGGUGUGUGUGGCUCAGCUUCUGUCAGCUGCCCAGACUCGGUGUGUUUGGGAAGAGCGCCUGCUUACUCACAGCUUGUCCCCUCGUGGGUGAGCACGUCUGUGGCUGUGUCUAAUCCCCCAGUGAGGUUGGCAAAUGUGCACACAGGAGGUUUUCCAGGUGCAGAGAAGCCAGCUAAUGGGGCUGCUGGUCUUGGGGUUCCUGGAGGGCUUUGAGAGGGUCCUGGACUGGCUGCUUUUCUGGGAAGUCCUCUCCUGGGAAGACUUUGAGGUCCUCAGCCUCCGAGGCCAGCGCCUCUCCCACUUGGGCAGGUGCCACCUGGAAUUGCAGAAUAAAGGUGUUUGGGGCUGCAUAGCUGUUGUGGCUGUCCAGGAGGCCCACAGCCAGUGCCUCCAGCUGCCUGGCUGCUACAACUCCCGCUCACCCCACCCAGCCCAUGACCUGCAAAAUCACCUGCCAGCCAUCGCCAGGAGACUCCACAGGCACGUGGAGGGCGUGUUGGACCUGGCCUAGGAGCAGGGCUUCUUCAGCCUGUAUGAGUGUAAUGAAAUCAUGCUGCCCAUCUUUAUGUCAUCCCACAGGGUAAGAAACCUCCUUGAUCUUGCCACAGUGAAGGCAAAUGCGUUGGCUGCCUUUCUUCUACAACAUGUUCAGGAGCUACCAGUCCCUUCGGCCCUGCCUUUUGAAGAUGCCACACGUAGGAGAUACAUGUCCCAGCUGAGGACCACAGUAUCUGCUCAGCCUUGCUUCCUGAGCACCUAUGAUGGGACAGAGAAUCUUUGCUUGGAGGAAAUAUAUACAGGGAAUGUUUUGGAGAUCCAGACACAGGCAGGCAUGGCUGGACCCAUGCAGAAAAGCCCUGCUACCCUAGGUCUGGAGGAGCUCUUCAGCAUCCAUGGCCAUUGCAGUGAAGAUGCAGAUGCCGUGCUGGUGGCGGGUGAGGCAGGCAGCAGCAAGAGCACAUUUCAGCAGCUGCACCUGCCGUGGGCUGCAGGGCAGGCUUUCCAGGAAGUCCUCUUCAUCUUCGCAUUCAGCUGCUGGCAGCUGCAGUGUAUGGCAACUGCUUCUGUGCAGACACUGCUCUUUGAACAUUGCUAUUGGCUUGACCUUGGCCAACAGGAUGUCUCCCAGGUCCUCCUUGACCACCCUGACUGCCUCCUCUUAACCUUUGAUGGCUUUGAUGAGUUCAGGUUCAGGUUCACCGAUCAUGAGCGUCACUGCUCUCCGACUGACCUCACGUCUGUCCAUUUGCUCUUCAACCUUCUGCAGGGUAACCUGCUCACAAAUGCCUGCAAAGUGUUGACCAGCUGUCUAGGCACAGUGACAGUGUUCCUCAGGAAGUACGUGCACAGCCUCAAGGGUUUCUUGGAAGAGGGCAUUGAACUGUACCUGAGAAAGUGCCGUCGUGAGUCUGGGGUGGCUGACUUGCUUAUUCGCCUGCUCAAAGCGACCUCAGCCAUGCAUGGUUUGUGCCACCUUCCUGUCUUCACACAGAUGGUAUCCAAAUGCCACCAGGAACUGUUGCUGUGUGGUGGGCGGUCCUUGAGGACCACCACAGAUAUGUACCUGCUGAUCCCACAGUAUUUUCUACUGCAUGCGUCCCCACCAGACUCAGCCCCCUGUGGUCUGGAGCCCAGUCUGCUUGGAGGCACUCCCACCCUCCUGCACCUUGGCCGGCUGGCUCUCUGGGGCCUGGGCAUGUGCUGCUAUGUGUUCUCGGUCAGGCAGCUCCAGGCAGCACAUGUUGACAGUGAGGACAUUGCUCUUGGCUUCCUGGUGCAUGCCUGAAGCACUAUGCCUGGCACUGCUGCUCCCUUAGAAUGGCUACAUAUGACUUCCCAGUUUUUUGCAGUGUUCUACCUCAUGCUCAGUGCUGGCCUGCAGCCGUCCUCCUUUAGACACCUCUGCAGUUGUCGCAGGCCAGGCAGCUUGCCGCUGGCCACACUGUGCAUGCAGGGCUCAGAGGGCAAGGAGGGCAGCAUGACAUCCUUGCUGCAGGAGGCUGAGCCACACAACCUCCAGAUCACAGCAGCCUUCCUGGCAGGACUUUUGUCCCAGGAGCACCGGGGCUUGCUGUCUGAGUUCCAGGCUUCUGGGAAGGCCCUGCUCCGGUGCCAGGCCUGUGCGCAGUGGUGUCUGGCCAGUCUUCACAAACACUUCUACUCCAUCCCACCAGCUGUGCCAGGGGAGGCCAAGAGCAUGCAUGCCAUGCCCAGGUUCAAGCUCAUCUGGAGCCUCUGUGAGAUGCACGAGGAGCAGCUGGCACAGGAGACUGUGCGUGGGCUGAAGGUUGGGCACCUCAAGCUGACAUUUUGCAGCAUGGGCCCAGCCAAGUAUGCUGCCCUAGCCUUCAUGCUGUGGCACCUCCGGUGGCCUGGGGCCCUGCAGGUGGACUCUGUGGGUAACACUGGCAUGGAGCAGCUGCUGCCUUGCCUCAGGGUCUGCAAGGCUCUUUAAUGAAGGGACCAGCAGAUAGCUAACUGAGGCAUCUGCAAGCUCAUUGAACAUGCCUGUCACUGUGAGCAGCUGCAGAAGUUGGUUCUGUUCAACAACAAACUAUCCCAUGGCUGUGCACCCUCUGUGGCCAGGCUCCUUGCAUGCUAGUGGAGCUUCCUGGCACUGAGACUGGGGAAUAACCACAUCACGGCGGCAGGAGCCCAGGUGCUGGCCUAGGGUCUCAGAGCCAACACCUCCCUGCAGUUCCUAGGGUUUCUGGGGAAUUGAGGUGGUGGCAAGGGGACCCAGGCCUUGUCUGAAGCCUUGGGUGGUCUCCAGAGCUUGACGUGGCUCAGCCUGGUGGGGGACGACGUAGGCAGUGUGGGUGCUGAAGCCUUAGCACUGAUGUUGGAAAAGAAUGUGGCACUGGAAAAACUUUGUCUGGAGGAGAACCAUUUCCAGGAUGAAGGUGUGUGUUCUCUUGCCAAAGGACUCAAGAGAAAUUCAAGCUUAAAAGUCCUGAAGCUGUCCAACAACUGCAUCACCUACCUUGGUGCAGAAGCCCUCCUGCAAGUCCAUGAGAGAAAUGACAGCAUCCUGGAAGUCUGGCUCAGAGGAAACACUCUCUAUCCAGAGGAAAUUGAGAAGCUCAGCCAUAGGGACACCAGACUCUUGCUUUGAUGUCUCUAGGCCAGCAUUCAUCUCAGUCUGUUUGUGAAAAGGCCAGGAGUUUGGAUCUCAGAAGAUGGAUUACAUUUGGCAGCAGCCCAUCCAGAUGGAGCCCUGUCCUGCCCAGGGUGAGCACAGUAGGUCACCUUUGUUCUGGCAGAGGAAGGAGCAUCAGUGCCCUUUGGGGCCCAGAUUCGGAAAGCCUGCUUUUGCCAUCAAGUUCUUUGCACAAUUCAAUCUGUGGAACGUAGAAGAGGGGCUGUCCCCCUCUGCAUGAUGGGACCAGCGUCCAGGUGAUCUGAUGUGGGUCAGGGGGCCAGCAAUGUUACUGAGUGUCUUGGGUGUAGAGACUUGGGCCCAUGUGAAGGACCCCAUCCACCCUGCUCACAAAGGGGAGGGGCAUUCAGGAAGCCCUGUCAUGUUUCACUCAUGGGUCAUUCCUCCAGGCUGUUCCCCACAUCCAGUUCCUCCUCAUCCUGGAUCCUGCAGGACCCUGCACACGGUGCUCCUUUGUGGUUGAGGAUUUAGAAUACUGGUGUUUUCAGCUUUGCUAUUUCCCUGAUAACUACCCCCUGCUCCCUAUCCUCACCCAACGUUUACCCCCCAACAUGCAGAGUGCAAAGGGCUACUUUACCCUGCUCUCCUUUGUGAUACUUAAGACUAUUGAAAGGGGACACAUGACAGCCAUUUGUUUCCCAAAACAGUCUAGAUUUUGAAGAUUUUUUCACAACUGGUAUCACACGUGGACUUUUAUUUCCAGUGAAAUCAACUACUCUUCAGUUAAGCCUUUGGAAACAACCACCCAUUUCAAAUGCAGCUUUUAAAAAUGGAUCUGGGCCAGCAUUUCUAACAGCCCCACUGGGUCUUUGGCUGAUGCCUGUGAACUGAACUCUUUGACAGCAGACUUCCAAAAUAUAUUCAUAAAAGAUGAUUCAGUGUUGUUUGUGCUAGAAUGCUUUAGGAUAUAAAAUUAUGGAUCAAAAGUUUACAGGGGCAAAAUCAAAGCCUUUCCUUAAAAGGCCAAUGUUUUUCUGGGUUUUUCAAAAUGAUGCAUAUUGAAGCCUUUGUAAACUGUCACGUACUGUGCAAGUGUUAUUAUUUAAAACAUUAUUAUUUGUGAAAAUUGGGGAAUAUUUAUAAACCACUUUGUGUUAUU